AUGGCGGAGCAGGAGGAGGAAAAGCAAAGACACAUGGCUAACGAGAGCGGACGGCAGCAGGCUGGGGAGUUCCUGGUAUGGUACCUGAAAGAGGCUGGGGAGUUCCUGGUAUGCAAAGAGGCUGGGGAGUUCCUGGUAUGCUACCUGAAAGAGGCUGGGGAGUUCCUGGUAUGCUACCUGAAAGAGGCUGGGGAGUUCCUGGUAUGCUACCUGAAAGAGGCUGGGGAGUUCCUGGUAUGGUACCUGAAAGAGGCUGGGGAGUUCCUGGUAUGCUACCUGAAAGAGGCUGGGGAGUUCCUGGUAUGCAAAGAGGCUGGGGAGUUCCUGGUAUGCUACCUGAAAGAGGCUGGGGAGUUCCUGGUAUGGUACCUGAAAGAGGCUGGGGAGUUCCUGGUAUGCAAAGAGGCUGGGGAGUUCCUGGUAUGCUACCUGAAAGAGGCUGGGGAGUUCCUGGUAUGCUACCUGAAAGAGGCUGGGGAGUUCCUGGUAUGCUACCUGAAAGAGGCUGGGGAGUUCCUGGUAUGGUACCUGAAAGAGGCUGGGGAGUUCCUGGUAUGCUACCUGAAAGAGGCUGGGGAGUUCCUGGUAUGGUACCUGAAAGAGGCUGGGGAGUUCCUGGUAUGGUACCUGAAAGAGGCUGGGGAGUUCCUGGUAUGCUACCUGAAAGAGGCUGGGGAGUUCCUGGUAUGCUACCUGAAAGAGGCUGGGGAGUUCCUGGUAUGGUACCUGAAAGAGGCUGGGGAGUUCCUGGUAUGGUACCUGAAAGAGGCUGGGGAGUUCCUGGUAUGCUACAUGAAAGAGGCUGGGGAGUUCCUGGUAUGGUACCUGAAAGAGGCUGGGGAGUUCCUGGUAUGGUACCUGAAAGAGGCUGGGGAGUUCCUGGUAUGCUACCUGAAAGAGGCUGGGGAGUUCCUGGUACGCUACCUGAAAGAGGCUGGGGAGUUCCUGGUAUGCUACCUGAAAGAGGCUGGGGAGUUCCUGGUAUGCUACCUGAAAGAGGCUGGGGAGUUCCUGGUAUGGUACCUGAAAGAGGCUGGGGAGUUCCUGGUAUGCUACAUGAAAGAGGCUGGGGAGUUCCUGGUAUGGUACCUGAAAGAGGCUGGGGAGUUCCUGGUAUGCUACCUGAAAGAGGCUGGGGAGUUCCUGGUAUGCAAAGAGGCUGGGGAGUUCCUGGUAUGCUACCUGAAAGAGGCUGGGGAGUUCCUGGUAUGCUACCUGAAAGAGGCUGGGGAGUUCCUGGUAUGCUACCUGAAAGAGGCUGGGGAGUUCCUGGUAUGCAACCUGAAAGAGGCUGGGGAGUUCCUGGUAUGCUACCUGAAAGAGGCUGGGGAGUUCCUGGUAUGGUACCUGAAAGAGGCUGGGGAGUUCCUGGUAUGCUACCUGAAAGAGGCUGGGGAGUUCCUGGUAUGCUACCUGAAAGAGGCUGGGGAGUUCCUGGUAUGCUACCUGAAAGAGGCUGGGGAGUUCCUGGUAUGGUACCUGAAAGAGGCUGGGGAGUUCCUGGUAUGCUACCUGAAAGAGGCUGGGGAGUUCCUGGUAUGCUACCUGAAAGAGGCUGGGGAGUUCCUGGUAUGGUACCUGAAAGAGGCUGGGGAGUUCCUGGUAUGGUACCUGAAAGAGGCUGGGGAGUUCCUGGUAUGCUACAUGAAAGAGGCUGGGGAGUUCCUGGUAUGGUACCUGAAAGAGGCUGGGGAGUUCCUGGUAUGGUACCUGAAAGAGGCUGGGGAGUUCCUGGUAUGCUACCUGAAAGAGGCUGGGGAGUUCCUGGUACGCUACCUGAAAGAGGCUGGGGAGUUCCUGGUAUGGUACCUGAAAGAGGCUGGGGAGUUCCUGGUAUGCAAAGAGGCUGGGGAGUUCCUGGUAUGCUACCUGAAAGAGGCUGGGGAGUUCCUGGUAUGCUACCUGAAAGAAGAGGCUGGGGAGUUCCUGGUAUGGUACCUGAAAGAGGCUGGGGAGUUCCUGGUAUGCUACAUGAAAGAGGCUGGGGAGUUCCUGGUAUGGUACCUGAAAGAGGCUGGGGAGUUCCUGGUAUGCUACCUGAAAGAGGCUGGGGAGUUCCUGGUAUGCUACCUGAAAGAGGCUGGGGAGUUCCUGGUAUGCAACCUGAAAGAGGCUGGGGAGUUCCUGGUAUGCUACCUGAAAGAGGCUGGGGAGUUCCUGGUAUGGUACCUGAAAGAGGCUGGGGAGUUCCUGGUAUGCUACCUGAAAGAGGCUGGGGAGUUCCUGGUAUGCUACCUGAAAGAGGCUGGGGAGUUCCUGGUAUGCAAAGAGGCUGGGGAGUUCCUGGUAUGCUACCUGAAAGAGGCUGGGGAGUUCCUGGUAUGCUACCUGAAAGAGGCUGGGGAGUUCCUGGUAUGCAACCUGAAAGAGGCUGGGGAGUUCCUGGUAUGCUACCUGAAAGAGGCUGGGGAGUUCCUGGUAUGGUACCUGAAAGAGGCUGGGGAGUUCCUGGUAUGCUACCUGAAAGAGGCUGGGGAGUUCCUGGUAUGCUACCUGAAAGAGGCUGGGGAGUUCCUGGUAUGCAAAGAGGCUGGGGAGUUCCUGGUAUGGUACCUGAAAGAGGCUGGGGAGUUCCUAGUAUGGUACCUGAAAGAGGCUGGGGAGUUCCUGGUAUGCUACCUGAAAGAGGCUGGGGAGUUCCUGGUAUGCUACCUGAAAGAGGCUGGGGAGUUCCUGGUAUGCAAAGAGGCUGGGGAGUUCCUGGUAUGCUACCUGAAAGAGGCUGGGGAGUUCCUGGUAUGCUACCUGAAAGAGGCUGGGGAGUUCCUGGUAUGCAAAGAGGCUGGGGAGUUCCUGGUAUGCAACCUGAAAGAGGCUGGGGAGUUCCUGGUAUGCUACCUGAAAGAGGCUGGGGAGUUCCUGGUAUGCUACCUGAAAGAGGCUGGGGAGUUCCUGGUAUGGUACCUGAAAGAGGCUGGGGAGUUCCUGGUAUGCUACCUGAAAGAGGCUGGGGAGUUCCUGGUAUGCUACCUGAAAGAGGCUGGGGAGUUCCUGGUAUGCAACCUGAAAGAGGCUGGGGAGUUCCUGGUAUGCUACCUGAAAGAGGCUGGGGAGUUCCUGGUAUGCUACCUGAAAGAGGCUGGGGAGUUCCUGGUAUGCUACCUGAAAGAGGCUGGGGAGUUCCUGGUAUGCAACCUGAAAGAGGCUGGGGAGUUCCUGGUAUGCUACCUGAAAGAGGCUGGGGAGUUCCUGGUAUGCUACCUGAAAGAGGCUGGGGAGUUCCUGGUAUGCUACCUGAAAAAGGCUGGGGAGUUCCUGGUAUGCAAAGAGGCUGGGGAGUUCCUGGUAUGCUACCUGAAAGAGGCUGGGGAGUUCCUGGUAUGCUACCUGAAAGAGGCUGGGGAGUUCCUGGUAUGGUACCUGAAAGAGGCUGGGGAGUUCCUGGUAUGCUACCUGAAAGAGGCUGGGGAGUUCCUGGUAUGCUACCUGAAAGAGGCUGGGGAGUUCCUGGUAUGGUACCUCAAAGAGGCUGGGGAGUUCCUGGUAUGCUACCUGAAAGAGGCUGGGGAGUUCCUGGUAUGCUACCUGAAAGAGGCUGGGGAGUUCCUGGUAUGGUACCUGAAAGAGGCUGGGGAGUUCCUGGUAUGCUACCUGAAAGAGGCUGGUGAGUUCCUGGUAUGGUACCUGAAAGAGGCUGGGGAGUUCCUGGUAUGGUACCUGAAAGAGGCUGGGGAGUUCCUGGUAUGCUACCUGAAAGAGGCUGGGGAGUUCCUGGUAUGCUACCUGAAAGAGGCUGGGGAGUUCCUGGUAUGCAAAGAGGCUGGGGAGUUCCUGGUAUGCAACCUGAAAGAGGCUGGGGAGUUCCUGGUAUGCUACCUGAAAGAGGCUGGGGAGUUCCUGGUAUGCUACCUGAAAGAGGCUGGGGAGUUCCUGGUAUGGUACCUGAAAGAGGCUGGGGAGUUCCUGGUAUGCUACCUGAAAGAGGCUGGGGAGUUCCUGGUAUGCUACCUGAAAGAGGCUGGGGAGUUCCUGGUAUGCAACCUGAAAGAGGCUGGGGAGUUCCUGGUAUGCUACCUGAAAGAGGCUGGGGAGUUCCUGGUAUGCUACCUGAAAGAGGCUGGGGAGUUCCUGGUAUGCUACCUGAAAGAGGCUGGGGAGUUCCUGGUAUGCAACCUGAAAGAGGCUGGGGAGUUCCUGGUAUGCUACCUGAAAGAGGCUGGGGAGUUCCUGGUAUGCUACCUGAAAGAGGCUGGGGAGUUCCUGGUAUGCUACCUGAAAAAGGCUGGGGAGUUCCUGGUAUGCAAAGAGGCUGGGGAGUUCCUGGUAUGCUACCUGAAAGAGGCUGGGGAGUUCCUGGUAUGCUACCUGAAAGAGGCUGGGGAGUUCCUGGUAUGGUACCUGAAAGAGGCUGGGGAGUUCCUGGUAUGCUACCUGAAAGAGGCUGGGGAGUUCCUGGUAUGCUACCUGAAAGAGGCUGGGGAGUUCCUGGUAUGGUACCUCAAAGAGGCUGGGGAGUUCCUGGUAUGCUACCUGAAAGAGGCUGGGGAGUUCCUGGUAUGCUACCUGAAAGAGGCUGGGGAGUUCCUGGUAUGGUACCUGAAAGAGGCUGGGGAGUUCCUGGUAUGCUACCUGAAAGAGGCUGGUGAGUUCCUGGUAUGGUACCUGAAAGAGGCUGGGGAGUUCCUGGUAUGGUACCUGAAAGAGGCUGGGGAGUUCCUGGUAUGCUACCUGAAAGAGGCUGGGGAGUUCCUGGUAUGCUACCUGAAAGAGGCUGGGGAGUUCCUGGUAUGCUACCUGAAAGAGGCUGGGGAGUUCCUGGUAUGCUACCUGAAAGAGGCUGGGGAGUUCCUGGUAUGCUACCUGAAAGAGGCUGGGGAGUUCCUGGUAUGCUACCUGAAAGAGGCUGUGGAGUUCCUGGUAUGGUACCUGAAAGAGGCUGGGGAGUUCCUGGUAUGCUACCUGAAAGAGGCUGGGGAGUUCCUGGUAUGCUACCUGAAAGAGGCUGGGGAGUUCCUGGUAUGCUACCUGAAAGAGGCUGGGGAGUUCCUGGUAUGGUACCUGAAAGAGGCUGUGGAGUUCCUGGUAUGCAACCUGAAAGAGGCUGGUGAGUUCCUGGUAUGCUACCUGAAAGAGGCUGGGGAGUUCCUGGUAUGCUACCUGAAAGAGGCUGGGGAGUUCCUGGUAUGGUACCUGAAAGAGGCUGUGGAGUUCCUGGUAUGCAACCUGAAAGAGGCUGCAAAGAGGACUGAAGGCGACGUCCAAAUGCCAGGCUCGGGGCUAACGGCGCACAGCCAGACUCCUCAAAUCAGAAAGGUUAAGUAUGGAAAGGACAAAACCAGGGACUGCAGACAGAGAGAUAAUGAGGCCUACUACAAAGCAAAUGUGACAAAGCCACACAGACAAGGAGGAUAG